CGCUGAGUCACCGUCGCCGAGUCAUUCUCUUACUCACGAAGAAAAGCACAGAACAAAACCACCAAAAAAAACAGAUCUAGAAUUCCCAAAUUUCCCCAAUCAUGGCACUCGAAUGGGUUGUGUUAGGCUACGCCGCCGCCGCAGAAGCGAUCAUGGUCCUCCUCUUAACAGUUCCCGGCCUAGACGGACUCCGUAAAGGCUUAAUCGCCGUCACGCGCAACCUUCUGAAACCGUUUCUAUCGGUGGUCCCGUUCUGCCUCUUCCUUCUCAUGGACAUAUACUGGAAGUACGAGACAAUGCCGAGCUGCGAAGCAGAUUCGUGCACGCCGUCGGAGCAUCUCAGGCACCAGAAGUCGAUAAUGAAGAGUCAGCGGAACGCGCUUCUGAUCGCGGCGGCGCUUGUGUUUUACUGGCUGCUGUUUUCCGUUACGCAUCUGGUGGUUAAGAUCGAGCAGUUGAAUCAGAGAAUUGAGAGGAUGAAGAAUAAAGAGUGAUUUAAAGGAGGAUGCACUCGUAUAGUUACUUGGAAGUUGGAACCUGUAAUGUUACUAACAUGGAUAGAUUGUUCCUUAGCAGGGUUGCAACUAAAGAACUAAUGUUUGCACCAUUUCUAGUUAUUUCUUCUCUUUGCUUAUUUCUGUUUCUGAUCGAUGAAGGUAGAUAUUUCUUUUACGGAAUAUAUUAAAUUCAGAUAAGCCGGUGAUUUAAACUCACAUGUCUAAUUAUGUCUAAUUUUGGAAUGGAGGGUGUAAAUUUAAACUCAUUUAUAACCAUGUAUGAUUAAUCGCAUUGAUGAAGAUAUUUCCUUCCAUUA